AUGCUGGACGCGGGCCCUGACCCGGGACCCCGGACCGUGACCCGGGACCCGGAGGCGGAUGCUAACGCGAACCGAAACCGAAAAACGAACCAGGACGCGACCCGACCGGACCGAACCCGAGCCCAGCCCGGGCCCUGCCCUAAACCCGACAUACUCGAACCAGCAACCGGCUCCGACCCUAACCCGAACGAACAACUAGCCCGGAAAAAGAAAAAGCCGAACCUGACCCUAACUGUUGACAGUGACAGGACCCGGCCCGAUGCCCGGACCCGAGCCCGAGCCCGAACCCGAAACCCUAAACCGAACCCUGAACACGAAAACCCGCGCCGAGCCCGACCCGCCCCCGAUGCCCGAACUCAGAGACCCAAACCCGGACCCGAACGGAGGCACGACCCGACACCCGAACCGAAAACCCGAAUCCAGAAACCGACGCAGAACCCGAACCCGAAAACGAAGCCGGACCCGUACCCGAAAACGGAACGGAACGAACCAACCCGAAACAUGAAAGCUCUCCGAGGCCCGAACCCGAACCCCGAGCCGGGAGCCCCCGAGCUCCGAACCCGAACCCCAUACCCAGACCCGAACCCUAGCCGGGCCCGAAACCCUGCACCAGAGCCGAGCCCUCGCCGGGAGACCCGAAACCUAGCCCGUCACCUGACCCGAACCCGACCACAACCCGAACCUAACCCCGAGCGCGAGCCCGAGCCCUAA